AGCGCGCAAUGACUAUUCGCCAGGGAUUACAAGCAGAAAGCAAAGAACUUUAUGCACUGGUGAUGCCCGCGGAUAUCGCUAACUGAUUGACCCGUAUAAAUCAUACCUAGGCGCCCCCUGUCAUUUCACCUCUUUAGGGACUUGAUGAUGUGUCUUGUCGACGAUGUUUAUGGAGCAGACAUCAGUCUGGAGGAGCAUUGAGAGCAGGAAGUCAAUUAUCAUCGUCUGGACAAGUUGCUUUGGCGUGGAAACUUUAGAGAAUUAGCGGAUAUUCACUAUGGCCUACUUACAGGGUGAUGAUGACGAGGACCUGCCUCCCAUGGAGAGGCCAGUCAUGGAUCAACAGGAGAUUGCUGAGACUGGAGAGGGGCUUGUCUCGAAUAGAUUCACCGUCUCGGAAUCCUUCAAGAAGCUAGAGACGGGCGAAGCGCCCUCAGUGUUUAGCGGAACAAAGACUGGCCGAGAGACCGUCUUUAAGUCUAAGGCUCCCGAGGCUCCUAAACCACUUCAAUCCUACGAUGCUAGAUUGUGUGCUGUCUGCGGGGAAAAACUGAAGGGUAAAUUUGCCAAGAUCCAGGGACGAGGACUCCACUUUGACUGCUUCAAAUGCUCCGUGUGCGGAGAAAACCUAAGAGGACAAGGUUACUUUGGUGGCGAUGGAGUAUACUUCUGCCGAAAAGAUCGACCGUAGAAAAAAAAAAACAGGAACAGUUUAUGCUCGCUUCGAACGUUUUACAUGCUAACUUGCUGCUUGACAUAUCAAUUAAUCAUGCUUGGAAGAAAAUGACCGUAUAUCACCUGUACUUCAAACCAAUAUCAAUAUAUGGCUGGGGUAAUUGUAGUCUUGCACCAAUCUUGAGUUUUGCACGAAUCCCAUUUGUGUGUGUGUGAAAGCAAAAUGGCUGAUGUGAAAUUUCCAAUAAACGUGGAAUUGUUAUUUUACUUACGGCACGGCCGACAGUCCUAUUGGAAUAUUGUGGCAUUAUCUAAUUGAAUGUUUUGCAGCUUUGUGAAUAAUAUAACACUUUUUAUUGUUCAGUAUUUUUAAGCAUUAUCAGCGAACCAAGUUUUACAGUAACAGUAAAAAUAUGUGCCUUAUAAGGCCUUAACGACUCAAUUAUUUAAAUGUUUCCGGUUGGCUUCAGAAGAAAAUAGCCGUAGUUUCAUAAUGAAAUUAUUUAGUAAUUUAUAAUAGUUUUUGUUGUUGAUUUGUUCGUAACUAUUGAUCGAUAUUAGCCUCAGGAGGCCUGGCAUAUCGUCACCAUAAUCACGUUUUGUUAUCGUACCGAUAUCAAUACCAGGCACAUAUAGUCUAUCCAUGGUGUUUCUUGCACGACAAGCGUCUAAGAUUAUACAAAAUUACCCUGCGUCUUGACCUCCAGAUUCUGACCAUUCAGAGGGUGCCUUCUAUCGUGUCUUCGGUAACCCGAUGUUGUAUGAGAAAAAAGUUGGCAGCUGUUGACCAAUCCGACAGCUUUGAAAGAAUUUCUGCUCUAAACAAUGUGACCAAAA